AUGCAAUAACAAUAUUCAAAAUAAGAAAACUCAAGAGAUUUUGAAGAAUUUCACAAUAUUGAAGAGUUGAAAGAAUUAUUCCUUCUGAAUUCAAUAAAUGAUGGGUCAAGUUUUCAGAAAGUUUUGAAAUUGGGAGGUGAUUAAGGGUUGGCAAAAUAAUUGAAAUCACAUCUAUUAGUAGAAUUGAAAAUUAAUUAAAAUAGAAAGGAAUAGAUUCUGAAGCUCAAGUUCAAGAGAAUAGGGAGAAGUUUGGAAAUAAUGAUCCAAUCGAAAAAGAGCCUGCAUAAUUAUGUGAAUUAAUUUUAGAAUGUUUUGGGGAUACAAUGUUGUAAAUUCUGUUAGUAGCUGCUCUGGUUAGCACUAUUAUUGGGAUUAUAAAUGAAGGUGUUAAAACAGGAUGGACAGAAGGGUAUAGCUUUAAUCAUAUUUCUAGAGCAACAAUAUUUUUAGCUGUUUUUUUAAUUGUUUCAAUAACAGCUGGUAAUAAUUAUUUAAAAGAGAGAUAAUUUUAAUAGUUGAGACGUAAAUUGGAUGAUGGAAUGGUAUAAGUGGUUAGGGGUGGAAUAGUUGAAAUACCAAUAAAAGAAAUAGUUGUAGGUGAUAUAUUGCAAUUUGGUAUUGGAGACAUUUUCCAAGUUGAUGGUAUUUCAUUAAAUAAAUUUUUAGGUUUGAUGAUAUAGGGCUCUUAAAUUAAGGUUGAUGAAUCUCCAAUGACUGGAGAAUCAGACGAAAUAAAAAAAUUACCAUUUAAUGAAAUGAUUCAAUCAUUAUCAAAUAACAAGGAUCAUCAUCAUUAUAGUCCAUUUUUAAUCAGUGGCACUCGAUGUCUAGAUGGAAAUGGAUAUAUGUUAGUAUUGCAAGUAGGAUAAAAUACAAUACAAGGAUAGUUAAAAUUAUUAUUAAAUUAAGACAAUCCUCCAACUCCUCUGUAAUAAAAGUUAGAAGGAGUAGCUGAAAAUAUUGGAAAAUUAGGUACUUUGGUAGCUAUUCUAACAUUUAUUGCAUUAAUGGGUCAUUUGAUUUAUGAUGUAUUCGUGGAUCAUAAACAUGAAUUAUUUACUUUGCUAUCCUUAUAAUUAAUAAUCGAAGCAUUUAUGAUUGGAGUAACAAUAAUAGUUGUGGCUGUUCCAGAAGGCUUACCAUUAGCAGUGACUAUAGCCUUGGCAUAUUCUGUAGGCAAAAUGAAAGAUGAAUAAAAUUUAGUAAAGAAUCUAGCAUCAUGUGAAAUAAUGGGUGGUGCAAAUAAUAUUUGUAGUGAUAAGACAGGAACAUUAACAUAAAAUAUUAUGUAAGUAACUGCAUUAUGGAUUGAGAAUCAUACUUAUAUGAACCAAGAAAUAAAUGUAACUUCAAAGAUUUCAAGAUAAUCUAUUGAGACUAUGUCUGAAUCUAUAUGUUAUAAUUCAAUUGCAAAUCCAACUAAAGAUAGGGAUACCAACAGAUGGACAUAAAUAGGGAAUAAAACUGAAUGUGCUUUAAUUGAAUUAGCUGAUAACUUUGGAUUUAAAUACUCUAAUUAUAGAUUAAAUGAAAGGAUUCUUAGGCAAAUCCCCUUCAGUAGCAAAAGAAAGAAGAUGGUUACUGCUAUAUUAAAUCCUAAAAAUUAAGCAAUUAGAAUAUUUAGCAAAGGAGCUUCUGAAAUUAUUUUAGCAUAAUGUUUUAGAUAUGUUUCUGCUAAUGGUGUAGAAUAAGUUCUUGAUAAAGUGAAAAAGGAUGAAAUUUUGCAUAAUGUUAUUGAAAAUUUUGCAUCUCACUCUCUAAGAACUAUAGCCAUAGCUUAUAAAGAUCUAGAACCUUAAAGUUAAGCAAUAAAGGGAUUUGUAAACGCCAAAGCACACGUACAUUAAAUAAAUGAGGAUGACAUUGAUAAAGACCUAACUUUGAUUGCCAUUGCAGGUAUCAAAGAUCCCAUUAGACCUGAUGUUGCAGAUUCUAUUAGAUAGUGCACUAAGUCUGGGGUGACUGUUAGAAUGGUUACUGGAGAUAACAUAAUUACUGCUUAGUCUAUUGCACUUGAAUGUGGGAUAUUGGAAAAGAAUAGAGCAUAGUAGGAAUUUGAAGUAAUUGAGGGGAAAAAGUUUAGGGAUUUAGUGGGAGGACUAGUGAGUGCUAAAAACGAAGAAGGAAAAGAGAUAAAAGUAGUUAAAAAUAUGUAGAUCUUUUCGAAAAUAAGCAGAGAAAUGAAAGUGAUGGCUAGAGCAUCACCUGAGGAUAAAUAUCUAUUGGUUACAGGAUUGAUUUAGGAGGGCAAUGUUGUUGCAGUAACAGGAGAUGGAACAAAUGAUGCACCUGCCUUAAAAAAAGCAGAUGUUGGAUUUGCAAUGGGAAUAACUGGAUCAGAUGUAGCGAAGGAUGCUGCCGAUAUAAUAUUAAUAGAUGAUAAUUUUAGUUCAAUUAUUACAGGUACAAUUUUUUAUUAUCAAAUAGCCAUGAAAUGGGGUAGAAAUAUAUAUGAUUGUAUUAGAAAGUUCAUCCAAUUCUAGUUGACAGUCAAUCUUGUAGCAUUAUUCAUGUCAUUUACAGGCGCUGUAAUAAUAAAAUAAUCCCCGUUAAAUGCAAUAGAGAUGCUGUGGGUUAAUUUGAUUAUGGAUACUUUUGCUUCUUUGGCUUUGGCUACAGAACCUCCUUCUAUCAAAGUCUUAGAUAGAUAGCCAUAUCGAAGGAGUGAUUAGAUUGUCUCACCAACAAUGUACAGAACGAUUGUUGGGGCGAGUUUAUAUUAAAUCAUAGUUCUUACAUUUAUAUUAUUUCUAUUACCAAAAUUCAUCGAUUGUUCCAUUCCCAAAGAGUUGAUUGGUUAAAAAGUAACUAUUUUAUUUAUAUAUAUAAAAGUACCCUAAGAAUGUAGUGCAGAUGAGUAUCUUCUUUUAAGCUUUUGUGUUGAUGUAAGUAUUUAAUUCAAUUUCCUGUCGAUAAUUAGAUUAUCACACUAAGAAUCCUUUUGCUAAUUUUUGUAAUAAUCCUUUGUUUUGGAUAGUUUAAAUAAUAACAGUUAUUGUUUAGGUUUUGCUUAUUUAAUAUGGAGGAAAAUAUGUGAAAGUGUCUCAUCUAACUUUAUAGUAACAUUUAUUAUGUGUUGGUUUUGGUAUUGGUGGAAUUAUCUUUUCUGUUCUCUUUAAAUUCAUUCCGGAAGGAUUAUGCUAAAAAAUCCACUUAUUUAGAGAAGAGGAGAUCAAGACUGAAAAGAUGGAUGAUACUUUAACAAGUAAAUUAAGAAGAAAGUCAACUAUGCGUUUGCACACUAGUUAAAGAAGUAAGCACGAUUUUGGUAGUUUGAACAAAAUGAGCUCAGAUAAAAUAUGA